UUGAGGAAUCAAUGCCUCGAUUAAUGGCAAAAAAAGGAAGACUUCGGCUCUUCCUUUGCUUUUUAGUGCCGAUUAUUGUCUUAAUAUUUCUUAUAAUAUAUACGACUAAUGAUCUAAAAAUUAAUGAUUUCGUACCAAACUAUUAUCGAUUAGAUGAUAAUAACGAUAAUCGCUUGAAUGGUAAAGAUAGUGAUAGUGUCAUCAAUGAUAUCAACAACAAUGAUGAUGACAAUCAUAAUAGCGAUACUAAUGAUCAUAAUUUUGACAAUGAAAGACAUUAUGACAAGAAUAUCGUAACGUUUGCCAAACCCAUUACUCAUGAGGAGGACUUGUUAUCAAAUGAUAUACAUAAUGGCAAAUGUUUGCCAUUUGCAUCUAAUUUGUCGGUCGAUAUCAACACUAUUGAUGGUUACAAAGAUCUCGAAUUUAAUCCCAAGUUUAAGAGUUAUUGGAACUAUACUUUUGAGCGAAAAUAUGAACAAACAAGAGAUAAUUGGCACGAAUUGCCACUAAAGGUGAUAAUAUUGCCGCACUCUCACAAUGACCCGGGUUGGCUGAAAACAUUUGAACAAUAUUACUAUGACUAUACAGCACUUAUACUCAAUAAUAUGGUCGAUAAGUUAACCCGAUAUCACAAUAUGACUUUCAUAUGGGCUGAGAUGUCAUUUAUGUCCCGUUGGUGGGAAAGUCUUAAAAAUCGGCCCCAAAUGCGAGAGUCAGUUAAAUAUCUGAUUAAAAGCGGUCAGCUUGAGAUUGUGACCGGCGGAUGGGUUAUGACCGAUGAAGGACCGGCACAUUACUGGGAUAUGAUUGAUCAGCUAAUAGAAGGACAUCAAUUCCUGAGGACAAGCAUUGGUUUGACUGAAUCACCCAUUAAUGGGUGGUCUAUCGAUCCGUUUGGUCACGGAAUGACUUUUCCGUAUAUAUUAAAAAAGUCGGGCAUUAAUAAUACGUUAAUUGAGAGGACACACUUCGGAUGGAAAACUCAUUUUGCGGCCAAACAACAGUUGGAGUUCAUAUGGAAACAGGUUUUCGAUACAAGCAGUUCAUGGGAUCUGUUCUGUCAAAUGUCUGCCUUUGAUUUGUACUCAAUUAAGUUCACGUGUGGACCCAAUACCGAUAUUUGUCUUCAAUUUGAUUUUCGACGAAUUGCUGGCGAAUCCUCUGAGUCGACAUCCGUAAAGAUUACUGAAGACAAUGUUGAAGAACGAGCAAAUCUAAUGGUCAGUCAAUACGGCCGAUUGGCCUCACUUUUCCCGCACAACAUAGCACUGGUGCCGUUGGGUGACGACUUUCGGUUCAACUACGACACUGAAUGGGAUCAACAAUACGAUAAUUAUAAUAAACUAAUGCAAUAUAUUAGAUCUAAUCCAUUACUUUAUAAUAAAACUGAGAUUAAGUUCGGAACACUUAACGACUAUUUCCAAGAAGUUCAUCAAAGAAUGGAAAAAAUGAAUGAAAACAAAUUUCCGACACUUUAUGGAGAUUUUAUGCCAUACGCCGACGUCUACGUUGACGGUAAACCUCACUAUUGGUCCGGUUAUUACACUACUCGUCCCUAUUGGAAGUCAUUGUCCCGUCAAUUACAACAUCUAUUAAGAAGUGCCGAAAUAUUAUAUUCGUUGACUCGAAACCAGAUCCGUCAAAGUGGUAGUAAUCAGCAAAUGUUAGACCGUUUGGACAAAGAUUACGAAUACUUAUCGACAGUCCGACAAAACUUAGCUCUUUUCCAACAUCACGACGCAAUCACCGGUACCUCUAAAGAGCACGUUAUGGAAGAUUACGGAAAGAAAUUGAAUAUUGCUAUCAGUUUAGUGUUGGGUGUUAUCUCACAUUCAGUACAAUUCAUUUUAGCCAAAGACAAUACUGUAUUACCAACAGAUAUGAAUGCCGCCCACCCUAUGACGGCUUACCUGUUUCCAGAUAUUGAGCGAACCUCUUGGGAUCAGUUGUCCCAAAAGUCGGUGUUAUUUGUGCCGCCGGUCGACGGCAGGAAACUAGUGGUCUUUAAUUCGCAUCUUCAGACGCGAAUUGAAGUGAUCCGAGUUUAUGUACGGACACCAUCUGUCAGAGUAAUUGAUGGCCAAAACGGCAAUGAAAUACAAUCGCAAAUAAAUCCGAUUUUCAAUUCAACCGCCGGAAUAGCGACCAAUGGAUAUGAAUUGCAAUUUAUAGUUUCACUUUCGCCACUAUCGUUGACCACAUUUGUCAUACAGACAUUUGAACGAAGACAUCGAUCACAUCAUCUGCCAAAAGUCUCAUUGUUUUUGAGCGAUGCCGACGAAGACGAAGAUCUUCAUAAAUCUGAUGGUAACGUAAUUCAUCCGAAAGUAUUUAAAUUUGACACUCCUAUGGACAACAAGGAGUUUGAAUUGGAAACACCGUAUAUUAAGGUACGGUUCGAUAGGCGAACCGGUUUUAUAACCCAUAUUAUCGAUAAAAAGAGCAAUUUUGUCCAAAAAGUACAUUUAUCAUUGAGAGCCUACAAAUCGGCUGAAUAUAACAGCGGCGCCUAUCUGUUCAAACCAUCACAGUUUGAUCCCAUUCACAAUAUCACUGAACGGUUUCCUAUUAUGCGACUCAUUAGAGGAGAUGUUAGCUCUGAAUUGACUGUCAUUUAUCCUAAUUUUAUUGAAGUAAACUUUAAAGUGUAUAACACUUAUAGUUCAAUUGCAAGUGCUGUACAAAUGUACUGUAAGUUUGAUCUAUCAAAACGUGAAGAUCUAAUGGAUUGGGAACUGAUUAUGAGAGUCGAAACUGAUAUCAACACAAUUGAUUCAAGAGAUGGUCGCAAACGGUUUUAUGUCGAUUCAAAUGGCUUUCAAAUGAUUGAAAGGAAAUAUGUGGACAGUUUGGGCAUUGAUGGCAAUUACUAUCCCAUGACCUCAAGCAUGUAUAUUGAGGACAAUAACUCCCGACUAACACUCUUGGCCUCACAUUCUCACGGAGUGUCCAGUCCUUUGAAUGGAACAAUUGAAGUGAUGUUAGAAAGAAAAUUACGAUUUGAUGACAACAGAGGCGUUGGCGAAGGUGUUGCUGACAAUAAGCUAACGAUUUCGCGAUUUUGGAUCGCAAUCGAGCGCACAGACACUGAUUACGGUUCCGAUAACCAGCCAAUUGUUCCCAAUUUAUCGCAACUAAUGUACUCUUUAUUAUCGACACUUCUGUACGAACCGAUUGUCUUGGCUUCAGAUGGACAGCACAAUCGGCCGACACAUUCAACGAUGAAGUUUCUAAGCGAAUCGUUUGAUUGCAAUCUAUUUCUAGUCAAUUUGCGAACCCUUCCCGAAGCCGAUAACUUUGAAUUGCCGUCACAAUCAAGUCUACUACUACUUCACAACAGAGGCAACACUUGUCGUAUCCGACAACAGAUAACACCGAAAUCAAUGUUAUGUUUAAACUCUAAGAAUCGGCCAAAAAGUUUUGCAAAUCUAAGAAUACAAUCGAUUAAUGAGUGUUCACUUACGGCAUUCAAAACACUUAAACCGGUGACUGAUUUAAGUACUAUAGAUAUACCCGAAAUGCAAAUCAAUGCAUACGAUAUUAAAUUUGUCAAAUAGAGGGGUAUUAUUAUUAACAAAAAAACAAACUAACUAACAGUUAUUUUUGAAAUAUUAUUAUUAUUAUUAUUU